GUCGGAAUGUUGCAGCGGCGCUGACUGGGUGCUGAGGUAAGCGCCGGGGCUGGCUGCCUACUCUCUUCCCCUUCUUCCACCCUUGUUGGGGCGCCGGCGGUGCGGAUCCUGAGGCCUGCCUUGGAGGACUUCCUUGGCAUCUCCUGUCCUCCAGCAGCAGCUGGGCUUCUUUUGGAGUUGAGAAGCCAGUGACAGGGCCGGCCUGCAGUCAUGUCCACCUUCAGGCAGGAGGAUGUGGAGGACCACUAUGAGAUGGGAGAGGAACUGGGCAGUGGUCAGUUUGCAAUUGUUCGGAAAUGCCGUCAGAAGAGCAAUGGAAUGGAGUAUGCAGCCAAGUUUAUCAAGAAGCGUCGAUUGUCAUCUAGUCGUCGGGGGGUAAGCCGAGAAGAGAUAGAAAGGGAGGUGGACAUUCUCCGGGAGAUCCAGCACCCUAACAUCAUUACCCUCCACGACAUCUUUGAGAACAAGACAGAUGUAGUGCUCAUCUUGGAGCUGGUUUCUGGAGGUGAGCUCUUUGAUUUCUUGGCUGAAAAGGAGUCCCUAACUGAAGAGGAAGCAACCCAGUUCCUUAAGCAGAUCCUAGAUGGUGUCCAUUAUCUGCACUCCAAACGGAUUGCUCACUUUGACUUAAAGCCAGAGAACAUCAUGCUUCUGGAUAAGAAUGUGCCCAACCCACGAAUCAAGCUCAUUGAUUUUGGCAUUGCCCACAAAAUUGAGGCAGGGAAUGAGUUCAAGAAUAUUUUUGGAACCCCCGAGUUUGUAGCUCCUGAGAUUGUGAACUACGAACCAUUAGGUCUGGAGGCAGAUAUGUGGAGCAUUGGAGUGAUCACAUACAUUCUUUUGAGUGGAGCAUCACCGUUUUUGGGUGAAACCAAGCAAGAGACUCUCACCAACAUUUCAGCUGUGAACUAUGAUUUUGAUGAAGAAUAUUUUAGUAACACCAGUGAGCUGGCCAAGGACUUUAUCCGUCGACUGCUUGUCAAAGACCCCAAGAAAAGAAUGACCAUUGAGCAGAGCCUGGAGCAUUCAUGGAUUAAGGUGAUUAAGAGGAGGAACGUGCGGAAUGAGGACAGCGGCAAGAAACCUGAGCGUCGGCGGCUGAAGACGACCCGCCUCAAGGAGUACACCAUCAAGUCCCACUCGAGCAUGCCCCCCAACAACACCUACAUCAACUUCGAGCGCUUUUCCAAGGUGCUGGAGGAGGUGGCGGCGGCUGAGGAGGGCCUGCGGGAGCUGGAGCGGAGCAAGAAGCUCUUCCGCGAGGACAUCGAGGUCCUGACUUCCAUCUAUGAGGAGAAGGAGGCCUGGUACAAGGAGGAGAACGAGAGCAUCGGCCAGGACCUGAGGCUGCUCCGGCAGGAGCUGCACAAGACCGAGGCCCUGAAGCGGCAAGCCCAGGAAGAGGCAAAGGGAGCCCUGCUGGGGGCAAAUGGCUUGAAGCGCCGCUUUAGCCGCCUGGAGAACCGCUUUGAGACCCUGGCGAAGCUCGUGGCGUCAGAGAUGAGGUUUGUUCAGGACCUGGUCCUUGACAUGGAGCAAGAGAAACUGCAGGAUGGGGACUGCAGUGUGCGUUAGUGCUUCUCUGGGCUGGAGCAGAGGAGUGCCACAAGGGGGGAGUCAGACUUCUUGUGCUACAGCCCUUUGAAGCGGAGGGAGACUGUGGUAGAUAACUUGGAUGAAGAGAGAGGAUCUGGGAUUGGCGGCUCUCCAGAAUCUCUACCUCUCUAAGGAUCUUCUAGCAAAGAGCCACAGUGCUGACAUUCCUUUUAUUUGCUUUCCCUGAGAGGUUCUGAUUUAUUUCUGAAUCGGGGACAGGAGGCUGGGAUUGACUAAAAUGGAAUGUCAGAACGAAAUAAGAAUUUCUGUAUUGAGCAAUAUCAAUUUCUGCAACGUUGCUGCUUACCCUUUCUUAAUCACAAUUUGGGCUGGAUGAAUUUGGAAAAUACCAACUUUCUUUAUUCUGACUUGGAACUGAAGUUUCCCAUAAUUCAUAUGAUCGAGGGACGCUCUAGACUUAGAGUGCUGUUUCACCACUACCCCUUCGCCUGCUAAAACAGAAAAAGUACAAAUGUCAUUUAUACCACUGGACAGAUUGCUGAUUGUCUUCUGGAGGAGUCUUGCUCUGGUGGGCUCUGUCUCUAGCCCCUGAAUUAACAGUGUCUCUUACAUGCACUUAAAGAAAUUCUGAACAGGGCCCUCAUAUCAUGAAUUGCCCUUAUUUGAAAAAACCUCACUGUUAACUGAGACUUGCAGAAGCAGACUACUUGUAUCUGUAGAUCUAAUAAAAACAUGAAACUACGUGAGAAUAAAAUAGGAUAUUCUCCCGAAGUUAGACAUAAUUGGAAUAUAUAUGCAUUUUUAGAAAAUUUAACAAAUGUUGUUCUAGUCUUUUCUGUGUAAAUGCACUGAGAGAAAAUCUUUCUCCUGUGUAACGUGUAUAAAGUGGCACAUAUUAAACACAGACCAUUCAACCUUUGUCCCAGCAUAGAAUGGUAGCUUAAGCCCAAUGACUGUCCUGGCAUCCUCCUUACUCCCAGUACCUCAUGGCCAUUACCCUACUAAUCAGGGCCAUUUGUUAUCCUCUCUGUGGGUGAAAAGAUAGGCCAGUAGUCCAUCUAUAUACCCAGUUUUUUUUGUUUAUGGCCGUGGUUGCAGCAAAACCCAGUGCCAUCUGUGACAGUAUUUCAGACUCUAUCACCCAGAAUGUUUAGAAUGGAGCUGGUCUAAUUCCUUAUUUUCAUUUUCCAGGCCCAGUCUGCCCACUCUUACUGCUUUUCCCUCUCACUGCUGGCAGUUGUACUGUACAAUGUGUCCCAAAAGUCUUAGUGCAGUUUUAAUCUAGGCUUAACACUUUGGGCUAAGGCUUCUGGGAAACCCUGUAUUUUUUGAAAUCAGAUUUCUAGAAAUCCUUUAAACCAUUUUUGGUUGCAUCCAGGUAAGCACCUUGAGGGCAAGAACAGUGUUUUAUUUUUCAGGAUUGAUUUUCUCCAUCUGUAAUUAUACUUGUUCUACUUAUCUCAGAAUUGUUGGUGGAAAAGUGCUUUGUAAACCUUAGGGUUCCAUAGCAGUAUGAGUUGCUGUUAUCUUGCUUUUCUCUACAGCACCUUGUACUUAGUAGCUUAUACUUGAUUGUUGACUUCUUUUUUGAAUGCCGAGUCAAGCCUUUUUAGUUUGGAGACUUUCCACUUUCUUCAGCUCCUUGGAUGGAAUUGUAGGAUUCAGCAAAUUCAACCCAACUCCCAUUUAAGUACCUACUAGAGGUAGAGCCCUGUAGCUACUAAGUACUGAGAGAGAAAGAAACAAAUUGUAUAGUUCCUGCCCUUAUGGAACUUUCAAUCCUGUAGGUCAUAUUAAAAAAAGAUUAUAAUCAGGAGUCAUUUAAUCUAUUGGAAUCAAAUUUAAAUAGAAAUGGGGUAAAUAAACCAUAAAUGAAGAUCUCUUAGGGAUGUAUAUUGACUUAGAAAACAAAUAUUAACAUCUACAUUCUACUGUAUUUUUAUUUUGUUAAAUAUUUCCCAAUGGCAUUUUAAUGUGGUUCAGGUCUGAGUGUUAUGGCCAUGCCUUGUGUUUGACACCUCUGAUCUGUUCUCAUUUUAUGGAUUCAAAAACAAAUCCUGAAAAAUUACAUGCCCAUAGGGGAAGGGAAAGGAUGUUUUUAAAGAGCAUAAUUUGUUAAUGGGAUCCUGAAUGUAGAACUAGAAGGAACCUAAGGGGUCAUUUAGUCCAACUUUUUAAUUUUUCACAUGAAAUAGGUCCAAAUGUAGAGAGUCCUUCAGGGUUAACUUGCUGAACCUAUGACAUCCCAGGUAAGUCAGAACACUAGGCAAUCUUUAUGGAUCAUAUCAAAUAUUUGUUGAAUCAACAGGAGCAGGCCACCUAAUGCAGGUUUCUCUUGAUGGAACAUUAAGAGCUGGUUGUGAAGAGAAUUCAAUUUUCCUAUGGGUUUUUUUGUAUAGAACUGGAGAUAUAUAUCUAUAAUAGAAUGAAUGAAAUACUUUUUCAUGAGUAAUGAAAUAGUGGUCAGAUUUAUGACAUCAUGGUUUCUAGUUCUAGCAUCUCUUAUUUCACUUUUCUUCCUCCCAGCCUUUUUAUCAAGUGAUGAUUUCUUCAGUGCCUGGGGAGCCAAUCCUGGUUUUAGUUCUUGUAAUUUAGUUCUGUUCUUUUGGGUUGAGUAAUUUAGGUUUUGUAAUUAAUAGAUAAUACCAUACUUGGCCACGAUGCUGUCUUCUAACAGUUUAUAUAUACUGGCCUGAAAAAAAUCUGAGUUUGAGGUUGUAAGUUUUGUAAAAUGAAUUAGUGCUCAACUUUACUUAAUUCUGUAAGUUUGGAAAUCUGUAAAAACAAAUUGACCAGAAGUAAAAGAUACCUGUAAAAGUCUUCUUUUAACCUAGAGAAUUACUAGACACACUUUUAGGAUACUGGGAUUAGGAAUAGUCUUUUCCCAAGUGUAGAAAUGAUUUCUGUGAGAGUUUCUUCUUAUUCUUGACCUUUCCUAGUGAAAUUAUCCUCUCUUUUCAUAUUUACAUAUAUAGAGCUUUUUGAAGUUCUUAGGUAAGGAAAGGUCUGUUCAGUGGAGAAAGAUGAAUAAGCACUUCCCUUUACCCUCCCUGGGUCCCUUGGAUAGUCAUGGAGCUUAAAGGAAUUGGGGCAAAAAUCAUAAUAAUGAAUGAUACCUCCUAUCAGUCAUUUAAACUACUAAGGGAUUAGUAUAUGUAAGACAUUCUGCUAGGUGCCAUUCUGCUAGGGAACAUAAAGUCAAAAAUGAGUUCAUUUUUGCUCUCAAGGAGCUUAUAUUCUACUUAGAGGAGACAAGAGGGUUCAUGGUGUCUAAAGCUUCCUGGAGAGCAGGAGAGUAGGGGAAGGGGGCUGCACAAUCAUCCUCCCCUACCUUGGUGCAUGGCCCUUGUGUGAUUAAGACAAUGAUUCCUUCCCUCUUUCUAUGCUAUGUUACGCCCACAGAUAUAUGAAACCUGGGACUGUAUAGUGUGCCCUGGCCUAUAGCUAUUGUAUAUGCAUGUUUUGGAGUGCCUGUAAUACACAUGCAUAUGCAAUAAUAUGCCACAAAGUGAAAGGAAAUAAAACUUUUCUAUUUCUUGGACUGUGA